AUGCGUUUUAAUUUCCACAGUCUCUUUCUGACAUUAUUAUGCACAUCAACAAUAACAACAACAACAUUAGCCGCCAAACUCGAAAAACGAUGUUCACUCAAACGAGAAUCCAUCACCAUUGAAAAUGGCUUGCCUAUUGCCAAAAUCAAGAUUGGUACACCACCACAGACAUUUUCUGUCGUGUUUGAUACAAGCAAUUCUUUAACGUGGGUUCCAUCCACUGAGUGCCGUAGUAAAGAAUGUCGUCAACAGCAGCAUUUGUACAAUUCAAAUUCAUCCUCCACUGCUGUCAACUUGCACAAACCGAAAGUCUCUAUAAAAUAUGACGAAGGCGUUUGUUUAGACGCACGACUCUACACUGAUACCGUCUCUGUAGCUGGCCUUGCUGUACCUAACCAAGUCUUUGGUAGUGCUUAUGCUGUUCAUGGACUUGCUGGAGAAACCUAUCUGGGCUCUCUUGGCUUGGGUGGAUUCAAUCCGGAUGGUUCCACAAAGUAUCUCACCUCUUCUUCAGCCACGACACUUUCAAAGAGAUAUGUCCCUAAUGGUGGCUUUGCUCAAAAUGGUUUCCAACAAGCUUAUGGUCAAAGCUCAGGUCAAUUUGGCAUGUACACCAAUUACAAUAGCGGCACAUUUUAUCAAAAAAGAAGCAACACAGGUGGCGAUGGUGAAUUUAUCUUUGGCGGUAUUGACCAUGAUGUCUACAAAGGCGACGUUGCCUAUCUCAAAUUACCUACCUGCGAGGAGGGUGGAUCUCCCUUUUGGAAAACAGAAUUGAGCUGUGUCAAGCUGACGGGUGGUAAGGGCGAGGACGACGACGAUAAACGAUUUGAUCUAAAGCUCGCUCCCAAGACGUUAUCCACCUUCAGUACAGGCGUCCAUUCUAUAUUGGCGCCUACAAAGCAGGCCGAUAUGCUCCAUGCUGCUCUUGGAGAUGCCCACUACGAUGAAGACAAAGGUGUCUAUCAGCUCUCUUGCUGUGACAAGAUCGACCAAUUGCCUACCUUGGCCUUUGAUUUCAAAGAUGGUUAUCGUGUCUCCCUUCCUCCUUCGUUGUAUGUCAAGAAAGUCGAUGAAAAGACAUGCCAUACGCUGAUUGGCAGAAAUCUCGGUACGGCUCUCGAUGACCAUAAUACAGAAGACUGGAUUUUGGGCGGUGCUUUCUUGAACAACUUUUACCAUAUUUAUGAUUUGAGUAACAUGCAAGUUGGUUUAGCCAUUCCUAAAAACGGAUGUGAUGCCAAGAUUGAUAAGAUUCAUCAUCACUAA